UCCUUGAAGAGCUCAAAGACUGAAGUGUCCCACAAAAUGCUUCUGCUGCGAGAUUCCUCAAAACUGCUGACCUUAUACAAAUCCUUGGCCAGAAGCAUCCCUGAAUCCCUGAAGGUGUAUGGCUCUGUUUAUCACAUCAACCAUGGAAACCCCUUCAACUUGGAGGUGCUGGUAGACUCCUGGCCUGAGUAUCGGACAGUCGUUGUCCGGCCUCAAAAGCAGGAGAUGAUUGAUGACAACGAUCUAUACAUAAACAGAUACAGUAUAUUCUCCAAAGAGCCUCAAAAAUUACAGGAAGUCCUGAAAAAUUGUGGGGUCAUCAACUGGAAACAAAUGUUCCAAAUCGAAGGUUGCCAAGAAAGUCUGGGUGAGGGAAUAAGAACAGCUGCAUUUUCAAAGUCAGCGAGAGUGGAGUAUCUGAACUUAAUCCUGUAUGUAACGGAGGAUAUUAUGAAACUCAAUGCCACCAAUGAGAGCAAGCCUGGAAGCUGGCAUGAGGCAGACCACCCAGACAAUGCGCCUAACAGUGAGGAUCUGAACUGGAAGUUUUCCCGGCUGAAUGUGUCCCAUUCUGGGCUGGUCAAUUACUUCUGGGGUCUGGGGCAGAAUGAGAGGAGCCUGCGUUACAUCCAGCGCUGCAUCCAGACCCUGCCAGCUUACUGCAUGCUGGGCCCGGAGGGGACUCCAAUCACAUGGAGCGUCAUGGACGCCACUAGUGAAAUAGUAAUGGGCUACACCCUGGAGAGAUACCGAAACAAGGGCAUCAUGAGACGGAUGAUGAUGCAUUAUGUGACAUACCUGCGUCAAGAAAAUAUUCCAUUUUACCUCUCUGUGGGGGCCAAGAAUGAAAAAUCCCACAGAGUGGUAAAGCGGUCUGGUUUCUCUGUGGCCUCAUGUGCAUGGCACCAAUGGACCUGCUACCCAAAGAAAUGAGUCCUCUGUGACCUGUGAAGCUGUUUAGCCAUCUUGGGAAAGUUCUCUCAGUAUUGAAGCAGAAGUCACAAUAUAGCUUUCUUUCAUUCACAAAUGGUUCUUGGGAAUUUACAAUAUGCCAGGAAUGGUUGAACGUGCAGAUAGGAUUUAAAAGAUGUUGCCACAAUCCUGAGGAGCUUACAGUCUGGCGGAGGGUGAGAUGGUGGUAAUUCAGUCUUUCAAAAUGUAUGAUAAGGGUUGUGGGGAAGGCAGGGGUUACCAGUAAACCUGUAACUGGGAAGCCAGAAGCAGUUCUUACUUCUGGGAGUCAGAACUCUUUAUGAAGCUGGAUUGACCGAAUAUACUAUCUGGAAGACAAAUGAGUAACUUCAAUUGUCAGUAGAAUAUACUUAGUCUGUAUGGGUGCUUAUUUAUGGAUUUAUGGAUUUAUGGACCUGCUAUUUAUGGAUUUAUGAUGCACAAAUACACUGAAAACUGAAAGUCAGUCUCACAGUUUGUGACCAGCAAGGUAUAAAAAGUGAAAUCCCAAACAAAUGGCUUCCCUAGGUUGACCUCACCCACUCCACAACUGCCAUGUGGAAAAUGAAUCUAGAGAAGUGAGCCUGAGAGCCUCAGGGCCUCUGUUAUGGAGGUGGUGUUUGCUGCAGUGCCUUUUUUAUACCCUUUGUUAAUCAUUCAUGAAGCUUGGUCCUCAGUAAGGUGUUUCCUGUGAGUCUAGUUGUUUGUUCAGCCCUUUGUGUGUGCCACGGCUGUGUCAGGGGUGAGAUCUGGUAUCAGGAGGGUUCCUAAAAGAAGUAACAACUAAGGUGAGGACAUAAGAGUCUGGAAGAAAGUACCAGACCAGAAAAAACUGUGGUGGGAAAUUCCAGAUGAAAGAGAGAACACAUGGCAGGAACUUAUUAUAAGCAGUUUAUUAUCGAAAACUUACAUUACCAAUUCAGAAUCCCUGAUCUGAAAAGAAAGAAAGAGAGAGAGAGAGAGAGAGAGAGAGAGA